AUGGCUUUUUUCCAAUUGGUACUGAAAGCUCAUCGUUUAGAAAAACUUCGUCGUACAUACGAGUAUGAAAAGUUACGAUCGAUCGAGCUUACGAAGGGUGCCAAGGGUUUGACUUGGAGUCAAAGACUUCGUCGUAAAAAAUUGCGAUUGAAAAGAAAAGUGAAAAACUUUUGGAAGAGUGUAACGAGCUUUCCGGAAGAUUCGUGGCUUCAUAAAAAAGCAUAUUUAUUGCGUACCAAUGGUACCUUUGAAAAUUAUAUAUUAAAAAGUAUAUUUGGAUUUUUCGGUGGUAUUUUUCUCACAUAUUUAUUCUUCAUGUUUUUCGUCGUACAAUUAAAUUUUUCUUUAACGUCGGCAACACUUUUGUGCUCGAUUAUCGGAGUAAUAUUAACUCUAGGAUUAUCAUUUUUUACUGGAGUUAGGUGUGUUAUAUUUUUAUUAUUGCCACAAUUUUUUUCGAAACGUGGCCGACAAGCUUUGAUCGCAUACGCUUUUAUUUUAACUCUCACUGGUCCAGGAAAAAAUGUAUUAAGAAAUAUAAGCGUACUUACGGAAUCUUUGGUCUGCGGCCAGGAACAAUUGAAGGAAGCUGUUAAAUCCGUUUUGGAUAUAAUAAAAGAACCGUUUUAUGCAUUGAAAGAAGCUAUCAUGAAAGUAACUAAAGCAGUUAGAAUUAUCGUAUCGAGGAUUAAACAAACUUUCAUUGCGAUAAAAAGACUCGUUCUUAGUAUAAUCAAAGUAAUUACCGCAGUAUUUCAAUGGCUCGGUAGCGUCGUGAACAUUUGUAAUAAAAGAUUAGGCACGCCUUACGAAAGAUGUCAAAAAGUUUUCGAAGGUGCCGUUGCCGAUUGCCGAGCCAAAUUGGGCCCAAUUUUUGGUGGAAUUUGUGAUCUAACGUAUAUCGUUAGUGUCCUGUGUUGGAUCGUUAAACCAUUAGAUUUUAUUUGUAUGUUAGUUUCAUACGUAGCCGAUGCUAUUGUUGGUGCUGUUAAAAAAAAAAUACGAAAAUUCACUAGACACAUGAAAACGAUGUUUUACGUUAAAGUAAAGUUUUCUCAUUCGUUUCAUUUCGUAACGAAUAAAACUAAAUCUAUACACGAAAUAGCUACGGAUAUUUCUACUGAGAUUAAAUCAAGAAGAGAAAGAUUCAUCGCCAUUUUCGAUUGGGUCAAUUGUUUAACAGCUUUCUUUAUAUUUUUCAUGUUACUUAGAGUGUUGCAUUAUCGAUACAAAUGGUUAACCAGCGAAAGAUUUGAUAAUAGAUAUAUUACUAAUGAUAUUCGUACGAUUGAUUUGAUAAGAGCAAGACAAGAUAAGGAAACGAUAUUACCGUUGAAUCCUCGUGAAAGAAAUCGUUAUGUUUCAAUGACGUCUAUUAGAUUAAUUAAAAUCGAAAGAAUUAAAUUAGCCAAAUCUGUGAUAUUUUUAUGCCUAUCUACGAUGAAAAUUUGUAUGCAUAUUGUUACGGAUUAUAGUCUUUAUUGGAUACUCAGUUUAAUUAGAUAUCACGGUCGAAUUGAUACUCAGAUCGAUCAGCCAAACUCUGUUGGCGUAUACGUUUCGGGAACGGGUUUUCUUGCUGAACUUUACAGAAGUAUAGUAAAAGCAUUUACACCGCAUAUUAAAGAUAUCGAAAUAAGUUCGGUUCCGUGUUUACCAGAUCCAAUACCACCUAAUUACGAUGGAUAUAUUAGAAUCUUAUCUUUGAUUUUUUUCUGUUGGAUUAUGACAAUUUUUGAACCUUAUAGUCUUCGAUUGAGACAAUUGGUAAUGUGUCAGUAUCAUCCCGACAGAGCUAAGCAACGUGCUGCUUGGCUUUACAAUCAUAUAAUGCGUUCGAGAGGUAGUUUCGUUAAAUACGCUAGACGACAAUUACGUAGAAAAUUUAGUAUCAAUGGUGAAACUAUAGAAAGGAUUACAUUGAAACAACGUUUUAUAACGAUGUUUCCAUUUUUAAAUAUAUGCUUCCCACAAAAGGAAGAAACUUGUCUAUUGUGCGGUGCUGUUAAAUUAGACGAUAAUACUCAUAUUAAAUGUCCAACACCUAAUUGCGUUGGAUUAUUUUGCUUGCAAUGUUUUGAGGAUUUACAAAAUAUUUGUACGAUUUGUCAAUCGCCAUUGGAAUACGGCGAUUUAUCGGACAUGAGUGAAGAAAUAGAUUCAUCGGACGAUCAAUUGAAAAUAAAAAUAAUGAUGAAAGAGGAAGAAAAUGGUUUAAAAGAAUUGGAAAAAAUCGAAACGAAAGAUGUAGGAGAACAAACGGAUGAAAAAGAAUUCGAAGAUUCCGAUGAAACUAGUUCUACUUCGACUUAUUCUUACAGUUACCAAGAUGAUUUGACACGAGAACCAGAUAUUUGUCAACGGAAAUUACCAUUCAAAGAUUUGGAAGCUCAAAAAAUACGAGACGACGUUACUAUUCAGAUAUUCAACGAUCCAAUCGCGAGAAGUAUAACACUGAGCAGCGAUACAACACCAUCUUGUUUCGUUGUAAGAGCACAUAGAAAAGUUCGAAGUAGAUUAAAGAAAAAACAACGUACGUUGUUUCCUUACGAUGAUAGUUGUAAUUCGUCAAGUACGAUAACAAAUUCCGAAUAUUGUCCAAGCGAGGAAAUAAAAGAGGAUGAAGUGAUACACAUAGAAUUGACGAACGAUAAUAAUUCCAGAGAAUUGUUAAUAAAAAGUAAAUACAAAGAAGAUAAGGGCAAAAAUCGCGUUAAACAAAUAAUCGGGGCAUUGACCAAAAUUCCAUGGCUUGGUAGAAGUAGAAGAAAAGGAUUCCAACCACGGAGACAAUCUUUGAUCAAACGAAUAAUUAAAAUGUUAAACGUGAAAGGAUCAAGUUCACCUGUACAAACCUACAGACGUAUAAAAUAUAAAAGAAAAGAUUUGGAAGAAAUAUCAUCGUCAACGUCAACGUUAAGUGACGAUAAUGAUGGAUCGUAUUUGAUAAAUAAAAAUCAAUCGAAAAAAUGUAUACUCAGAGGAAGAAAUACUCGUCGUAAUAUUGAAUGGGAGGAUCCUGAGGAUAUAAUUCAUGCGAAAAAUUAUAAAAAAGGAAAAAUUAUUUGUCCUGGUAAUGUGGACGAUAUUAAUUGGCAAUAUCCUUGCGAAAAGAAAUUUAUUACGAAAGAUUUGCCAAGACACUUAGAAACAAUUUCAAAGUGCGUGUCUUAUUAUGAAAUCGAUGAAACUGGGGAUUCACAAUCAUCUUGUAAAUGUGUUCGUAAAGAAAAUGAUAUUAACAUUUUAUCGGAUGCGAGAACGUCGUCUAAUAGUCGGAAAACGGAUACGUGGAAUAUCAUUGGUGAAGAUGAUUCACAAAAUUAUAAUCUUCGAUCAUCUCAACAUACCUAUGUAAAUUUUAUAAAUGAGAGAGCAGAAAAAAUGAAGAAAAAUCAAGACACAAACAAAGAAACUGAAAAAAUUCUUCAUAAAGGUGAAAAUGAUACAAACGAAUCAAGCAAUUACGAUGACAAGUAUUUAAAUACAGAAACCGAUCAAAUGACGAUGGAAGAUGAAGAAGAAACAAAUAAAGUUAAAUUAUCAGGAACUGAUCCAUUUGAUUAUGACAAAGCAGUACAAACGAAGAUAGGAAAACGUAGGACUAAACAAACUAAUGAACAAAAGAAAUUUGAAAAAUCGAAGAAAAUUAAUCACAACUUAAAAACCAAAUUUACAGAAUCGAAAGAACAAAGAUGGAAAAAAUGUAUCGAAGAAUACAAAAAACGUAAAAGAGGAACUUGCGACGAAUCUCAUCAGUUUCCCGAAGAUCAUUAUGAAAGAGAAUUUAUUCAUGAAAGAAUUUAUCCUAAAGAAAAGCAAAGACAAUUAAUAUCUGGUUUCAUACCUAUUGUAUAUCCUGAACAUUUGCAAAGUUACAAACCGUCUUAUGAUUUACACGAAAGAAAUCGUGAAAAAAUAUCGAAGCAAGAACAAACGAGCGAUCUUGGACCAAUUUUUCAACAAUAUAGUUCACAAGUUCGUCAAUGUAAACCGGAUGACGAUAAAUCGCGAUAUUAUUACGAAAAAUAUUCUCGUCAACUUGAAGAUGAUCAAACUGAUGAUAGCAGACACCAAGAUUAUUGUUAUCAUUCGAAUGAACAUGCUGAAGAAGAAGUUACUACGUGUACAGAAAAUAAAACUAAUUCUUCGGAAAGUUUAUCACCAACUUUGGAAAGAUGCAAACGAGACGAGGAACAUCGUCAUAAACAAAAUAUUUAUCGUAUUGCAGCAUCCUCAGACAAAUUUCAUCCUCCUAUGAUUAGAAAAUAUUUGCCUAUGUAUCAAAAAUCGGAAUUGAUCGAAGAAUUAAAGGAACAUGAUAGAAUGAAAUUAAUUAGAGAAAAGGAAGCUAUGAGAUGUGUUACUUCGAAUCCUUUAGAAUCUAGGAAGUUAUCAUUUAUUACUAAAAUGCGAAAAGAACAAACUUUGAGCGAACCAUUCGUGGAUUGCGAUCGUGGAAAAUCAGUGAAUUACCCGUUAUCCCAAGCAGUAAAAAAUGAGAAACUUCCUUAUCAAGAAACUAAAGCAUUCAAAGAAGUAACGAAAGAAUUUCGUAGACGAACAUUGUCCACAAAAAAGGAUGAAACUAUACCUUUAAUUUCUCAAUCAAAAAAUGCAGAUAAGUCUAAAGAAGUCAAACAAUUGUUUCCUCCCAAUGAAAAAAAUCGUAAAUCAUCCAACUUCGUAUCCGACAUCACCCACAGAAUAGUCAAUACAUUUAAACCAAUGCAUCAUCACACCAAAUGUGUUAGAAAAAAUCCCGAAAUUCAUGAAAUGUCAUCGAAUGUUUACGAGACACCAUGUAGAAGACAUUUAUCUGACGUUUCAUCUUCGUCGGAUGAUACAACAGAUAACAACGACGUGAUUUGGUAA